AUGGCGGGAAAGAAGAAAGGAUCCGGCGUGGGGGCGGUCAUAAGGUUCGUCGAGAAGGUGGCCAUGUUUGUCGUCGCAGCCUUGGCUUGCUUUGCCCUGGUACGCUCAGACUAUCCUUCGAGAUGGCUCGUCGAAGAUUCCGAGUUUGUAGUCUUUGCACGGAAGCAUCGUGGUUGCCUGCUGAUUGAAUUCUCAGCGCCUGACGAGUACCACACCAUCUAUCGACCUACAGAAAAGAACAGCCUAAGACCAGACGAAAACUCGGAAAACUGUGGCUUCAUCGACCACGAAGAGGAUGAGUGGUUUUCUGGAAGAGUGUCAGUCUUUCAGGUUCAUGGCAAUGUAUCAUCGCUUCUGACGAACCAGUACUCCUUCUUGGGUAAGGCACAUGCUAGCAUGGGUGCGGAGUCCUACGAAGUGAACCCUGGGUACCUGCUCCUCCUAGGGGGAGUGGCGACUGCCUUGAGUGUGGUAUUUGAGGGCUGCCUGCUGAUCGCCAAGCUUGUGGAUGUUCCGAAGGCAUGGUGGUUCAGCCUUCUGAGCCUUAUCCCCUACUUCUUUUACAUUCCACUGAACACCCAAGUUUCGGAGAAUCAGCAGGUGUGGAUAAGAUUUCCGGCCCUUUAUGAGACGGCGGCACUCUUACUGAUUGUUGCAGCAGCCUUCCUUUCUGUUGCCGCCUGUGCACUAGCAUGCAUUUGUGCAAGUGGCCAGUGGCACGGUCAUCAUCAUCGCCACCGUCAUCAUGAUCAUCCAUGCAUUAUAGGCUGCGGCAUGUGUGGCAUAAUGACUGGGUACGGACUCUUGCUGCUGGUCCUGAUCGCGCUGUACACCAACUUCACCUUUCCUGCCAGCUUUGACUUCGAUUUUGAUUUCGAUUUCUCGUUUUCCAUAUACCUGGAAAUCUUGAAGGUGCUCACCUGGACUGCAAUGGGGACCGACCUGAUAGCGUUCAUUGCUUUUUUGUGUUCGCUACGCACAGAUAGCAAAGGAGGCCACGAACUCAGCGACGAGGCCGUCUGA